UUCCACUGGAAGGUUCUCCCGCAUAACAUACGCGUACCCCUCACUGUUCUGGCACGAACCCUUGCUUCCUCCCCGCUCCUGUUUUCCCACCUUUUCAGUUUUGAGUUUGACCCACCAAAACCCUCCUAUAAUCCUUCAAUCUCUAGGGUUUUACAAGGGUUUUGCAGGUUUUGCUCUAUAUAUCCUUAUUCUUUCGCUGAUCAACCCUCUGGGCAUCAUAAAAAUCCAAUCUUUUUUAGCUCAAAACUGGGUUUUUAAUGGCUAAUCCUCAGGUGGUACCAGGCAUGCAAUUCAUGGGUCCACAACAACCACCACCGCAACCACAACAACCCUUUGGGGAUACAACUUAUACCAAGAUAUUUGUUGGAGGGUUGGCUUGGGAAACUAAGAGUGAUGCUCUUCGCCGGUAUUUUGAGCCGUAUGGGGAGAUUCUUGAAGCUGUUGUCAUCUCUGAUAAGAAUACUGGUCGUUCCAAAGGCUAUGGUUUUGUAACGUUUCGUGACCCUGAAGCUGCAAAGAGAGCUUGUUCAAAUCCAAAUCCAGUCAUUGAUGGUCGGAGGGCUAAUUGUAAUUUGGCUUCACUAGGACGACCAAUGCGGAUUUUGCCUUCCGGGCACAUAAGGUCUGCAGCACCCUAUUUCAGAGGUCCACAAACUCAAAGUCCCAGGAGCUUGUACGUUGGAAACCCCAUGUAUCAGCUACCACCUACUUAUGGCUACCAACCAGGACUGCAGUUCCCUCCGUAUAGUCUUGCACAUUUUAGGUGCUAUGUGAGUCGAGUAAGCACUCAAAUUCCCAUUUGUGAAGAAUCAUCUGAUUCAAUGUUUUUUUCAUUACGUUUUCCAGGUGCUAAGUGUGGCCCAGACAACUGAUUAUCUUUGAAUUUGGUAUAUUCGUCUCCGGCACUUCAAACGCACUUGGAAACUAGAAGUUUAUUAUAGAUCUAGCUUAGUAUAUCAAGUUAAUUUAGUUAACAAUUGUUGUAGUGGGUAGUGCCUUGAAAAUCUUGUCCAAAAUGACUCAUCCUUAGUGGAUCAUAGACCACUCUUUAUAUCUUAGCUGCUACCUUUAUUCAACAGAUUUGUGGUGGAUUCAAUAACAUGCUCUAGGUCUCAAAUCUUUGCUAGCAGUAUAUGAAUUAUGAUUCAAUGCAUAUGCAUCACAGACACCUAAAUCAGUUUUGUCCUAUUGUUGAUCACCUUCUGGGCAUAUGUAAAUGGCAUCUUGUUCUGAUAUUGUACUUUUGGGGAACGUCUCUGCAAAAGAGAUAAUUGUUCUCCCCUCUAGAUUGUGCCUCAUUGUUGAGCCUUACUGGGUAAUUAACUGGAUGUGAGUAGAUUGACUAAUUAUGCAGUUGUACUGCAUGAUGGCUUGAAAUAAGAUGCUAGUCUCAAGCAAGUGCUUCUUAUCCUGUAGCAGAUUUAUGUGAAUCUCUGUCAAUUUUUUUUUGAGGUUUUUAAUAGAUAAUUUUGUGAAGGCUUAUAGCAGUUACAUGUCUCAAGCAUCCUUAGUUCUCAGAGAUCCAUAUUAAAUGUUGUGAAACUCAUCUCUGUCAUUCAAUAUUUGGUUGGUUGAUAUGUCAAGUCAGUAAAAAAACUUGCUCAAUAGUUUCUAUAUUUUAGGGCGAUUGAUUAAAGUCUUGUGUUUUUGGUCUACGUUUCUCAACAAGCAUAUGUAAUUUUAGGUCUUUUUCAAGUGGAGGGUCACAGAAAAUGUGCUUUGGACAUGUUUUCUGCUAACUAUUAUAAGAGGAUGCCAUCCCCUUCAGGACUACCAGUAGCUUUGGUUUUUGAAGCUUGUGCAAAUUAGAAAGGAAAAUUGAUUUCUUAGUAUGGAAAAGCUAUAAAUAAAGUCCACCCCCACCCCCCCUCCCCCCAAAAACUGGAUAAAAGUCUCUAUUUUUCUUUAUGGUCUGCCACUUCAAGCUUUCUCUUUGCUAAAGAACAUCAACUUAUAAAUGAUGAGCAUCAAUACCAAUCGGCCAACUAAAAAUCUUUUACCUGAAUUUUAAUAAUAUGCUAAGGUCAGCAAUUCAAAAUCAGAUCAGUAAAGAACAUUUUGUGCUUAUCAUGGCAUGAUAUGUGAGGGAUACAAUGAAUUAUCAUAGUAUCCAAGUAUUUGUAUAUGCUCCUGUACAAACAUUCUGUACAGGCAAACAAAUGAAUUUUCUGCAAAGAAUUAACUGUGUUUGUCUGCGUGAGUAGGGCUGGAGAGCUUGGAUAGGCUAGAGAGAGGUUUGAGAUUUUUUUUUUGUUUGUUUUGGUGGAGAGUAGUGGGCUUGGGCCAAGCGAGGUGGUACUAUGGUGGUGGUAAAGAAGAGGGAAAUUGGCCAACCAGUUUCUUACUCUGCCUAAAAAUGAUAAAAGUUGCUUAAAGUUUGGAAUUUGUUGCCUGUAUAUUUGCCAGCUGGUGUUGACAGUUGAGACCCCAAGAAAAUUAACUUUACCACUUGUGUGAGCUUUGGAGGUAGUACAAAUUUUGUUUGGUUCAAGAAACUGGCAACUCUUUAGUUUUCGUUUCUGUAGAGCAAGAAAACAGAUACUAUCACCAUUGACCUUUUUCUUAUAGUCCUGUUAUCAGAAUUUUUCAUACAUAAACAAGAUAACCUUGUCAUAAGACAUCCAUCUAAUUUUUCAUUUCAUUUCUUAUCUUUUUCUUCUGUCUCCUAAAUACCACAGUGGUAUGCAGGUAAUUCUUGACAUGGAGGACUAAGGUACCCAGGUAGCAGGCUUCAAAUCUGACCUUGCAAGUUAACUUCCCUGCAUUCAAGAGGUUUAUUUUGCUUAGGUACUUUUUGCAGUAUUAAAUCCUACAAACGACAGGCUAUCACCAAGGCAAUGUGCUGAGAGGUCUUCUGAAGUCAUGAUCACCAAGGGUACAUCGGAUCAUCCUGUAUAAUAUGAGACUGCUCUGAUACCUUAUAACCAAAAAAAAAAAGGAAAGAAAAAAGAAGCUGCUCCGAUACCCGGAUCAGACGAAGGGCGUGGAUUGCUCUUCUGUCAGCAUGUGCAAAGGGCAGUUCUUAAGGGGCAAACUUUUUGAACUUUCCAUUCUGUUUCCUUCUGUUUUUGCUACAUUUAACUGACUUAGGAGGGGUAGCUCCUAUUGCAUCUCUCACUAUCGAGUCUGAUGAGUCCAAAGUGCAUAUUCAAGCUUGCUGUGGCAAGGUGGUCACUGCAACAAUUUUUAGCCAUCUCUCGGCGGGGUUGUACUGUUACAGCUCCAUCCUCUUAUUGUCAUAACUGGAUGAGACGAUGACUGAUUUAACGAGGAUCCAGAGCUCGUGUUGGUCGCAGUCAGUGUAAAACUCUGCACAAACAAGUCCUUUGACACUGUUCAGAUUUUAAAUUUAGAGUAACAGGUUGCAGGAUGCGGGUUUCUUGCAAUCACAUUCUAUUGGAUCAAGAUAUGAUUCUGUAGGUAGGUCAGGUCAGGUCAGGUCUCUAGGUUCUUACUUCUUAGCUGAGUUUUAGCUCCUUUUCUUUUCUCGAGUGCUCUUUCUGGGAACAUAGGCCAAUAUAAACAAAGGGGAUUUACCUUUCGAGUACUGUAUUGCGUUUCAGGACGUCUUUGAAUUUCUUCUUGUCUAAUUUUGCUGGUACUCUCUUAGUAUAAAUAUGUAACUGGAUAUUGCAUUCAUAUACAAAAAAUGAUCAUGUACUAUUUUCUACCUUUAUUGAACA